AAAUAAAAGAAUACGCUUGCUUAGAAAAACUCCUGUCUGAUGAGUCCUGUCUGGUCAGAUAGAGGCGAUCUGAACAGAUAGAUUCAGUGUGUCGGUAAGCGCUUUCACCUGAGCGGCACUGAUCGGGAACACAGCUAAUCAACACAAGACAGAGAGGGAGAGACACACACACACAACACAAGACAGCGCAGCACCUCAAUCAGUGUGUGGUUCCCUCCCUGACUCACUCUGUUGCUGUUGGAUGGCGUGUUUGCCCUCGUUGAUGAGGUCGGUGGUCUGCUUGUGGGCAGACGCCUUGUCGACGAGCUCCCCUUCCUCGGCCUCCUCCGCACUGCCCUCCUCGGCAAUCAACUCGUCCGCCAACGCCCCACCUCACAGACACAUAUCGACCCCACACCAUGUGCUUAUCGUGUGUCCGUGUGAUGGAUGGCAUUUGAUGUGAUACCUUCCUGUGCGGCCCGUUCGGCUUUGAUGGCGAGUUUUGCCUUCUUGUGGGUAAUGUCCCGCUCGACAACCGCCUUUCGCUUGUCGUGGGCCGCACUCUCCAACGACGCCACACUCACAGCCAAACCUGUAGACACACACAGCACAGACAUCCCUCUCUCUCUCUGUCUCUCUGCCUGCGUCUCUGGCUGGCUGACCGUCGACUCGGCUGGCCAUCUUGUCGACGUCACCCUCGAGCGCUGCGAUCUGCGUGUCGAGAGAUGCGGGCGGGGCCGACUUGCUGGGGCGGCGCGAGGCCUCGGGAGGGAUCAGCUGGGUGAAGCGGUGAGUGGGGGCCGACUGGGGGGCGGCUGGGUGUGUGCUGGCGUGAGUCACCAACAUGUCCUCCUCGGCUAUCACGUUGCCAAUGCGCGUGUCGAGCUCGCGAAGACGCCCACGCAGCUCACCCACACGAGACACGCUGACAGACAGGACAUCAUAUCAUCACACACAGGAGGAGUGCACGUUAGGGCUCAUGCCAGGUGUGGGUGGGUGUGUGGGUGGCUUACAGGUGGUCGGCCGACAGGCGAGCAGGCGCACUCUGAUCCAUAGAUCCAUGGAGAGAGGGAUUGACAUUUACACAGUUCAUAGACACAUAUCAGAGGUGUGUGUGUGUGUGUUGUGGUUGCGGCUGGCUUACGUCGAGUGUGUCGAUUUCCUUGGCGAUUUGUUUCAUCUCUGUGUGGAUUUGGUGUCUCUUCUCGGCGAGUUCCGCCCUGACGGCUGCCACCUCCCUCUCUGUCUCGACGGCCUCCUUGCGCAGCUUGAGCUGACCCUCCAGCUUUGCACUCUCACGAGUGCCCUCGGCCGCCGCCAACUCGCGCUGAUCCACCGACACAAUCAUCGCACACAGACACACAGAGAGGGAUUGGCUGCAGAAGUAUAUGGAGUGGCGCACUUACGUUGAGGAGUUCCUUUUGUUGGUUGACGGCGGUCUCCUGUUGGAUGACGUCCGUGUCGGCCGCCACACCCACACGCUCGCCAGACACACGAGCCUGAUCAGACAAACACACACAACACUGAUUCAUGUGUGUGUGUGUGUGUUGAUGUGUGUGCCUGGAGCUGUUUGAGUUGGACGUGCAUGGCCUCCUCGUCGGCGACCACCUGCACCGACUUGGCCACCAGACUGACCAGCGCGGCCUGCUGCUCGCGGAUCUCGUUGGCGUCGAACAGCUCGCCGCUCUCCAUGGCUUUGCCCAGCUCGUGGGCGCUGAUCGAGGCCGACCGCAGCAGCCGACUCGACGCCAGCAGACCUGCACUCUCAAGCUCGCUCGACGCCCGCAACAAGUCACGAGACACCUCGUGCUGUCCAAUGAAACGAUGCACACACACACACACACACACACACACACAAGUCGGUGUGUGUGUUGUGCCCUCAUUGUCUCUGUCUGUCUCUCUCACUGCUCACUUGAAUCUCUCCGGCCUUUCUGGGUUUGCCUUGCGCGACGAGCGAGUCGACGGCCGACUGGACGAGCGAGGCGGACUGUCGGUGGUAGGCGGCGGCCGUGACGUGGUCGCCAAGGUGAGAGGCGUGUGUGGCCUUGAUGGACAGGGAAAUGGCGUCGAGGGCGAGUGUGACUAUUGAUGUGCCAGAUUGCAGACUGUGUGCUGUGCGUGUGCGUGUGUGACUAUUGAUGCGUUGAUGUCAGUUGAUGCAUUGACGCGAAUGCAUUCGAUCCAUUGUCAUCCAUUCAUAGUCGAUAUUCAAGAAGCUGACACGGCAGGUUUUCAAGGAGAGGCAACGAUGUGGCUCAGCCGUCUUUGUGUGGCUUGUCAAAACGUGACUUCUUCGCGGCAGCUGCUUCGGCAGGCCCCUGAUCGAACCGCGACCGCUUUGGACGGGCGUGGGUGGGGGUGCCAGCUGUAGCGGGGAUGGCUGGAGCUGAGGCAGCCAGAGAGGCGUUCUUCUGCUCGAUGUCCUCGCGCGUCGUUCCCAGCUCAGUCAGGGAGGGCGAGCUCCAACUCACCCCCUUCCACUGACUUGUCCUGCAGCACCGAGUUGACAGUGACGAAGGCGCUGUGCACAAGCUGCCUCAGCCGCGACUCGUCAUCCCUCUCUGAUCAGACAAGCUAUUUAUAAGAAACCACACUGUCUCACGGCCGGGGACUCACCUCUCUUGGCGAUGGUCUGUCGGAUUCGCUGGAUUUGAUCGAGAGAGGGGAUGUGCAGACCACAGUGCUGGGCGAACAGCAGACACAGGGUCUCCUCCUCAACAUCGCCGAGCAUCUGGGACAGACACAGACCCGGUGCGGCUGACAGCCUUGCUGAGGGUGGGUGCGCUCUGUUCAUAUUCUUACGUCGAUUUUGAUGUCGCCGUGUUUGAGGGCAGCUUGGACGGCCAAACCGACAGCGGCUGAGACCAUCUGCCACGUCAGAAGGGGUUCAGAUAUAUCAUCCACAUCAUAAGAGCAGCUUACAGCCUUCUACUACCGGUUGAUUAGCGAGAGAUUGGAUUUUCUUCUUCUUCUUCUGGUUGAAUGUCUCGGUGAACCAGCUCUCCUUGACGUGGGGACACUGCAACACGGCACCACAUUGCAUACGCCCGUAUGAUGAAGUGCUCCGUGUACUGACCUCCUCAAGGACUGCAUCUAGCAGCGGAACCGACAGCAACGGGCACCUGAAGUCCACACCCGACCAGACCUCUAGAACUCCCAUGUCACGGAUGCCCGACACGUCAAGGUCAAGGGCUGCAAUGGGCUGCAUGAACACACACGCCCUUGUGUGUGUGUGUGUGUGUGUCAUGGUGGCAAGCCUCUAGCAUUCGCUUCACCACAUCUGUCGCCAUUGAGCGCCUUCUUGGCGGCUUCGGUCGGCGUCCCCUGGCCUGACACGCCGUACAUCCACACACCAGAUCAGGAAGGAAGAUAGUCAGCAGGUCAUGAUUUGUGCGUGUGCGUGCCGUACAUGUGUUGUCUGUCUGUUUCUGUGUGGGUGUCGGUUUGUGUGUGUGUGCAUCUGUUGCUGACCGAAUGCAAUGUGGUGCCGGCGUAUCUGGAUGCUGACAUCACCACUGUGUGCAUCUGGAUGAGCCGCCUUAUCUCCAGCGCGGUGAGGUGCCUCCGAUACUGAUUGUAAAGGAUGCGAUCGGCCCCUGCGAGCACGGCGUUGACCCAAAGAUACUGCCGAUAUGGCGUAGGAAGAUAUCUGAAUACAGACGCACGGACAAACAGCUAUCGGUCGGUACAUACCAUUUGUUUGUUUGUGUGUGCAUAGAUCUACUGGCGGGCAUCGGCAAGGUCAAUGCCAUGCAGAUUGGCUGCCCACUAAAGGAGACGCAGACAGGAGUGACUCUGUGCGUGUGUUGGUGGGUGGUUACCUCUGUUCGGUCUCGCCGUUGCAGAAACUGAUCAAAGGCCUGACGUCCCGCCUCUGACAUCGACACGCACAUAAUUCGCCUGUCUGUCUGUCUGUCCGUCCGUCUGUCCGUCCGUCCGUCUGUCUGUCCGUCCGUCUGUCUGUC